AAUAACUUCGCACUUCUGUCUGGUAGGUUUUCCAGUAACGAAACAGAAAUCGAAAAUAUUUUUCCUACGAUUUCCUCUUCAUUCACUCAAAUUCCGAAACAAUCUCAGUUCCAAAAAUGUUGCCAAUACUUAGCUUAAUCAUGGUUGUGGCUGUAAAAGUCUUCAAGAAGACUACCCCCAAUGGAAAGGUUACUUUCUACUUGGGAAAACGUGAUUUCAUCGACCAUUUGGACUAUUGUGAUCCCAUUGAUGGUGUCGUGGUUGUGGACAGUGACUACUUAAAAGGACGAAAGGUUUACGGUCAACUGAUUACCACAUAUCGAUAUGGAAAGGAAGACGAUGAAGUUAUGGGUGUCAAAUUCUCCAAGGAGAUGGUCUUGGCUCGUGAACAAAUCGUGCCAAUGAUCAAUCAGAAAAUGGAAAUGACACCAUUGCAAGAACGAUUGGUUAAGAAACUGGGUCAAAAUGCUUUCCCCUUUACGUUCCAAUUUCCACAAACAUCUCCCAGCUCAGUAACUCUUCAAGCUGGCGAAGAAGAUGAGGGAAAACCAUUGGGUGUUGACUAUACCAUUAAAUGUUACGUUGGCGAAACUGAAGAAGAUAAGGGACAUAAGCGUAGCCAAGUCAGCUUGACUAUUAAGAAGCUUCAAUAUGCCCCAGCUACCAGAGGUCGUCGCCUUCCCAGUUCAUUGGUUAGCAAAGGAUUUACAUUCUCUCAAGGAAAAAUCAACUUGGAAGUUACUCUUGACCGAGAAAUCUACUAUCAUGGAGAGAAGGUUGCAGCUACGGUUGUCAUCACAAACAAUUCACGUAAAACUGUGAAGAACAUUAAAUGCUUUGCAGUUCAACACUGUGAGGUAACAAUGGUCAAUGCUCAAUUCAGCAAACAUGUUGCCUCACUUGAAACUCGCGAAGGAUGCCCCAUUACACCAGGUGCCAAUUUCUCGAAAACAUUCUUCUUGGUUCCUCUUGCUUCAAGCAACAAAGAUCGUAGAGGAAUCGCCCUCGAUGGUCAUCUAAAGGACGAAGAUGUGAAUCUUGCCUCAUCAACAUUGGUCGGUGAUGGUAAAUGUCCAUCCGACGCUAUGGGUAUUGUCAUUUCGUACUCCGUACGCAUCAAAUUGAACUGCGGCACACUCGGUGGCGAACUAACAACCGACGUUCCAUUUAAAUUGAUGCACCCAGCACCCGGAACCGUUGAGCGUGAACGAGUGAAUGCAAUGAAGAAAAUGAAAUCGAUUGAGAGACAUCGAUACGAAAAUUCUCAUUAUGCCGAUGAUGAUGACAAUAUUGUCUUUGAAGAUUUCGCAAGACUCCGAAUGAAUGAACCAGAAUAAAUGGCUGGAAUCUGUUGAACAUGGUGGAGUUCGUGGUCUGCGACCUUGUAAAAUAAUUUUUCUUUUUUUUUCUUUUUGACUGUUUAAGCAUUUCCUAAUUAGUCAAUUAUCUUUCGUUACGUUAACUUUUUGCGUUUCAAUGUGAAGGCUGCUCUUGUAGGCGUAGACACUGUAUUUUUUAAAAAUUAAUUUUUAUUUUUUUCUUGUUCUUAACAAAAACAAAAACCGAACCAGAUGUGAAUUCUAUAAACGAACGAAACCAAUUCCAUUUGACGAAUGGAAUUCAUGGAUGUUGUAGAGAACUAAAUUUUACUCCGAACCUACUUUAACACUCUGAAUACAUUCUACCUAACAAUUAUGUUAAAUUCAUUUGAGUUGACGAAUAAAGUUUAGUUUGUGAAUAUAUA